AUGCCGACAAAAUCAUCAUCGAUUACUGCUACCGUUAUAGAAGAUCAUACAGAUGUUAAACAUGCUUAUCAGCAAUAUUUAGCAGCUCGUGGUAAUAUUGCUGAACGAGAACGUUGGGCAAAUCAUUUUCGAUGGGAACUUACUCGACAUAGUCUUGCUGAAGAACUUUAUCUUUAUCCAGCUUUUGAACAAUAUUUAGGUCCAGAAGGAAAAAAAAUGGCUGAUGAAGAUCGAGCAGAUCAUCAAAAAGUUAAAAAUUUAUUACAUGUUCUUGAAGCUUCAUCAGUAGCCGAUUCACAUUAUCCUUGUACAUUUGAAGAAUUAAUGGCAAAUUUAUUAGAACAUAUUCAAAGUGAAGAAGAAAAUGAUUUACCAAAAUUUGAACGAGCUAUAACACCUGAAAUAAGCGCUUCAAUAGCUCGACAAUUUGAAUUAACUAAAAUGCUUGUUCCAACUCAAUCUCAUUCAGAUACGCAACAUAAAGUACCAUUUAAAACAGUUGGCGAAUUUAUGGGUGCUUCAUUUGAAAAAAUUCAACAUUUACUUGAUGAAUAUUCAAAAACAAAUUGA